CCCCCCCCUUCUUCCCCGCCAUGUGAUUUCCCUUCCCCACCUCCUCCUCCCCCUCCUCGGCAUCGAUCUCCACGUAAAAGAUCUCUCCGAUCUGCACAAAGGCCACGCCCAUUCGCCGCUCGCGUCUCCUCUCCUCCUCGUAAGCGCGCUGCCCGCAUUAAUUCCCGCUUGCCGACUAUAAAGCCGGGUCCUGCCAUGGCGCAGAGUCAAACACUUCAUCCUCCUCGCGGUUUGCAAAUCUGAGGCCACCUGCGACCUUGCUCACAUAAAAUGGGGUGUGGCGCCUCGGUCCCCAACGGGAAGGGCCGGAAGCGCCGGAGCGUCGUACAGGAGGUGGCCGUGUUUAUUCCGACCAUCCGUGUCCCGGUGGCCACCGACGUGGUCCAACCGCUCAGGGGGCUGGUUUCCAAGGAGCUAGUCGAUCGCCUCGCGACGCUCCGUACGAACGUCGUCGCGCUGGCUGAAGAUAUCUAUCAUGGGGAUAUGUCGGCUGUCUCUGAAUUGCAACGCGCCCUCGAGGAGUACCUGCCGGUUGUUCUUGGAUUAACAGCGAAAGAGAGCCGUCUUGAAGCAUCUGUGCAAUUCAGCUGGAGGACCAUAGACGAUGACCAGGAGUGCUGUCUUGCGAGCGCGUGGUACGAAGUACUUUCUGUUGUCCACAUGAUGGCGAUGCUUGCGCUGUUUGAGGCAAACCUCAAACUCAUCCCGAGGGACGGUCAAAAUGGGACUGAAAAGAAGGUAUCUGAAGAUUCAAAGAAGGAUGUUGUCGACUCAUUGCUCAGGGCAUCAGGGUGCUUAGACUACUCCGUGCAUCACGUACUUGUUAAGAUACCUGCACAAAUUAAGAAAGGCUUUCCUAGUUACCUGCAGGAAGGUAUGCUUGAGGCCAUCUCAAUCCAGUCUUUGGCUCAGUGUGUAGAAAUACAGCUUGGAUUGGCUUCUGAGUGUGAAAAGGCGACGUUGUCGGUGAAGAGGCGGCUAGCCUGCGAGCAAGUCAGCUAUUUUUCAAAGGCUCACUACUGUCUGUCGGGAUGCGACACGAGCGACUCGUAUGGGAAGAAGCUCCUGCUCUUCCUCAAGUGGAAAUGCAUGGACGCCAAGGCAGUAGCAUAUUACUACCAUGCUCUAGUGCUCGACAAGGGGAGCGAGCCGACCAACCAUAUAAGCGCGGUCUGCUGCCUCUCUGCAGCUGAUGACAUCCUUGCAGAGAGCAAGAGGGCUUGUCUGAGCUUUUGCCUGGCAAAUCCCAUCACAAGGGUGCCUCCUCCUUGGGGCAUCAUGAAGAACAUGCACAAGAAAAUUCCAGAUGUCGCGUAUAAGAAAUUCCAAAUCUACGGGCAUCUUUUCGAGCAAGACAAGAAAAGUGCCCUUCAAUCCUUGCCCGAUCUUCCGGAGUUUCCGCUGUCGCUGAGACCCGAAGACUACGAAUUUCCGGGCACCGAUUCGAUCUGGGAGAAUGUUGAUUGCCAACCCCAGAUUCAGAGCCUCAAGGAGCAUUUGGAGGACGAAACAGAGGAAUCGUCGAAAUAGUUCAGGCUCCCGGAUGCUUCAUUGUAUUGUAAUCCAGAAAAUUAACAGAACUUACACAGGUACUACUAGUGGUAAAACUUGUAGCAUGCAUGCAUAAGGCAGAACAGAAGGACUACAGAAUAUUACCUGUGUAAGUGAAAAGAAUUUACUACCAUCUGAUUGUAAAUGUCUUACAGAAUGGCUGAUAAUCAAGCUUUUGCUUCGGUAA